AGCCGCUGGUACAGUAUAUACGUCAUCGCGGUGUCACAUGACUGUGCCCGCUUCGUACAGUAACGGCUAAACAUGGCAGCGAGAGCUUGACCGAGUACCACUUAGAGAAGUACGCAACACCGUAACGCGCCCACAGACAUUUGCCCGACAUGAGGGACUCGGCGCGCAGGAAGAGAAGACGGCGGCGGAAGAAGAAGAAGGGGCGGACCUGGGCUGAAGCUGCCAAGACAGUGCUGGAGAAAUAUCACAACACCCCAAUGAGCCAUAAGGAAAUACUGCAAGUCAUUCAGCGAGAGGGCCUAAAGGAAAUCAGCGGUACGUCUCCCCUGGCCUGCCUGAACGCCAUGCUGCACACCAACUCUCGCGGGGAUGAGGGCAUUUUCUAUAAGGUUCCAGGCCGGAUGGGAGUAUAUACACUCAAGAAGGAUGUUGGGGAUGGGAUGAAAGAUCUGUCUGACUGCUCUGAAGACAGCAACGAAACUCAGUCUGAUUCCCAAACAUCCGAUCACAGCAGCUGUAGCCGCAGCAGUAGCAGCGACACCAGUACCUGCAGCAGCAGUGGAGACUCCGGCAAAGACCAGGGGAGGAGCCGCUGGAAAAGAAAAGUUGCAUCUAGACUUCCCCAGCCAUCCUCCCCCCAGUCAGGCUGCCCAUCACCCUCCAUCCCUGCUGGUAAAGUCAUCUCUCCAUCACAGAAGCACAGUAAGAAGGCGCUCAAACAGGCGCUAAAGCAGCAGCAACAGAAGAAGAAUCAAGAGAGACGGGUGGGCAUGCCGGUCCCUCCAAACCAGCAUAUCCUGCUGAAAACAGUGAAGACUGCUAGCAACAUCGCUCCAGUAAAGCCAGCAUGGGAAGCAAAGCGGACUGGGCAGUCCAACAACCAUCAAAUCUCACCUUCCACCAUCUCUGCGGCCAUGAAAGCUAAUGAUUCAUUGCAAGCCCUGGGGAAGAAAGCUCUACAAAGGUCAGACCGUCUGCAAGCCAGGCACUUAAAAAGGACAAAAUGUGCAGAAAUCGAUGUGGAGACCCCAGAAUCAAUCCUGGUGAACACGAACCUGCGGGCGCUGAUAAACAAGCACACCUUCUCACUACUGCCUGGGGACUGUCAACAACAUCUCCUCCUGCUGCUGCCCGAGGUGGAUAGGCCGGCUGGUCCGGAUGGCAUCAUGAAGCUGAACAGCUCAGCACUGAAUAAUGAGUUCUUUACAUCAGCCGCACAGGGCUGGAAGGAGCGUCUGUCAGAAGGCGAGUUCACCCCGGAGAUGCAGCUCAGGAUCCGACAGGAAAUCGAGAAAGAGAAGAAAGUGGAGUCAUGGAAGGAGCAAUUCUAUGAGAGCUACUAUGGAGAGAAUUCUGGACUCACUCUGGAUGACUACAAUGAGCUAGCAAAUGAGAGCAACGACAGUGACAGCAAGCUGCCAAAUACUCUGUCUGAGGAACAGUCUGAAAGUAAACCUUGUAUCAAGGUGCUGCCAGUCAAAGCUGAGGAUGAGUCUGCACCUGGGUCAGAUAAAAAUGUGGAAAAUACAAAACCAGUAAAGAAUGAAGAAAUAAACGAGACCCAAACCCAGCCUGCAUCAUCACAACCUUCAGGUGUUUUGCAGCUUCCAGAGACUGACAUUGCCUCACCCAAGAGUUCAGAGCCAUCUGCAGAAGGGAACAUAGCUGAUAAUGUCAUUGAGAAGAUGGAAAUAACAAAUGUGUCGUCAUCAAGUCCAGAAACCAAGACCUCAGGUCUUGAUGAGACCUCUUCUUUGCCUCUACAAUACCCAAAGAGCCCUAACAUUGCAGAAACACCGAGCUCACUUAGUACCAAACAGGACACACACCGGAACUCUAGUGAAGCAGAAUCUCCAGAAAAAGUGCAGAUCAGCCUCAGCAAUGUAGCGGUGAAGAGGAAGCUGGAUGUGAGUGAAGCUAUUCUGUCCAGUCCUGAGAAAUCCCCACGUAUGAUGGAGCAGCUGCUGAACCAGCAGCCAUUUCGUGUCUUUUGUAGACACCAAACAGAGACAGGAUCUGACACACAAGAGCAGAAGUUGCCAAGGCCGAAGGUCACAGCGGCUUGCAUGUCCCCAAAGCCAUUUUUCUCCUCCUGGGUCUCUCACGGGCCCCGCUUUCCAGCCGCAGUUACCAGUCCAGGGAGAACAGGAGCCAGAACACUGGCGGAUAUCAAGGCUAAAGCCCAACUGGCCAGAGCACAGAGAGCUGCAGCUGCAACAGCUGCAACCACUGGAAGAUCGGUCCCAGGACCUGGACCAGGAGGAGGAGCAGGUCCUGGUGGAGGGCAGAUGGAGCCAGCAGACAGACAUAAAGAUAGAGUACUGGACAUGGGAAAUACUGGAAGCGGGAGAAGUGAAAGGGGAACUGUAUUGCAAUUUGUCCACCAAAAGCAAGAGGAGGCCAAAGACACAAGUCAGACAUCCACACUCAGUACAGGAAGAACACAACUACUGCAAAACUCCAGCCUACAUCAUCCAAUUCCAACAACUGCUAUAGUGUCCACAACAUCUACACCCCCAAGCAGUUCCUCCUCUCUGUCUGAGAGGCUUAUUGUGAGCCCAACAUGCAUUAAAAAGCUGAAUCUGCCAACCCCAUUAACAAGCAAACUCAUCACAGCAUCCAGUGAUUCAGGGGUCCACAAGGAGUUUUCCUGUUCUUCAGAGGUUGAAAGAACUUUAUUUCCACCAAGUAUAGACUUUUCUGCAACACAAGGCAUAAAGGCAUUUCAAGGUGGCAUUGCUAAUGAAUCCAGAGUGCACUCUACUGCCAUAAAACUGAAAAAUGAACCUUCCUUAGCAGCUCAGAUGACUCUUGGAGUGCCCCCAGUGUCACUGCAAACAGAUGCAGCAUCUUUAAAGUCAAACACUGCCACUGUAGCAUCUGCAAGCAAAGCACAAGGUACUGAUACGCAGGCAGGUGCCAAUGUGAAAUCUCAAAAUACAUCUUGUAUCAAUGUUGUCUCAGCAAAAGCCAGCUCCAGCAUUCCAACAAAUAACACUCUGGUUACUCAGCUGCUCCAAGGAAAGAAUGUUUCAUUGGACCAAAUUGUACCUAAGCCACUAACCAAAGGGGAAAUACAGACAGUGAUGCUCCCUUCAGCUGAAAAGGAGAAACCAUCCACCAUUAGUACACGGGUUGUCAUAUCAGGGGGGAGGGGGGGUGCUGAAAGAACAGCAAAUACUGCUACACAGCAGCUAGAAAGGUUCUUCAACCAAAACCGGCAGCUGCCAUCUGGACAAAGAAUAUGGCAGCUUUUCUCAGGAAGAGAUUUAAAGAACAUUAGCAGCAACCAAGUAGAGUGCCAAGAGACAUCACCCAUCGCAAAUCAGGAACAAAUCCUUCAAUCUCUGAUCAAAAAGGUGCAACAAGAGAAUUCAAUGAAAGCAUCUAAUAUAUCAGAGCUAAGUUCUAGCCGUUCUAUUUUGCAGAGAGAAAACAUCUCAACAAGUCAUAGGUUCAUGCUUGGUUUUGUUGGAAGACGGACCUCUAAGCCUGCCAUGCCUGGCCACUACUUGCUUAACAUCUCUACAUAUGGUCGAGUUCCAGAAAGCUUUAAACGAUCUCAUGCUGUCACUCCAGAGGGUGGGGUUUGCUUAAAUGAUCCUGAGCACAUUGCUACUGAAGAAUUCUUGGAUGAUGAAACAGAAUCCGUUACAGAGACCGAAGAAGAGCAGGACACUGAAUCUGAAGACAAUGCUGAUGAACCUGAAUCUGUCAAAGUAAAGAGCAAGCCCUUGUUUAACUUGCAAGGAAGAAAUUCCUUAGGUUUAGGAUUAGAUGCUUUUUGUGAGGCCCCAGCAAGAACUGCAGAGUCUGCGGCCUCUUCUUUUGAUCCAAAGGAGUCUGUUCAAAAAAGAGGCAACAUUUAUGAUGAAGCCAAUUUAGCUAGGGAUUUUAUUCAAGUUGCACAAGCCAAAAUGGCAAACGUAUUAGGAGUAAGGUUGAAACAGAAUGCCUCUGAUUUGUACAGAAUGCAUUCAACUGUAAGAUCACAGUCACCUGCUGACCUUCUGCAGGCCGCUCGGACAUACAGCAAUCAUACUGGUCCUAUCGGGCCUAACUAUGGGGGCACAAUCAAUAUUUCCACUUCACCUGAAGGGUUACAUGGAUCUACUGUCCCAGCAAGUGGAAAUCUUGCUUCUCCCAACACAGACAAUGUUGUGUCUUUUUCUUUGACUGUGACAACCAUCCCAUCCAGCCAGAGUGCUAACUCAGGUGGCCUUGAUCAGCCUAUUUCUGUUCAGGCCUUUACAGAGGGCAGUGGCAGGGAGAGCUCCAAAUGCUACUGUCGAUUGAAAGCCAUGAUCAUGUGCAAAGGCUGUGGAGCCUUCUGCCAUGAUGACUGCAUUGGACCUUCCAAACUAUGUGUGUCCUGCCUUGUAGUAAGGUAACAGGAAGUAAAAUCUGGUUGUACAUGCUUUCCAGUCUUGAUGCAGAAGAUAGUAUAUUGCAAUGGUUUACCCAGAUAGAACAUUUUAAAUGCCAAAAUGGGAAUGUCAACUGGUUGGCACAGACUGGUACAACAAGAACAUAUAGGGUACUCUUUUUAUUUGUAUAGACGUUGAUCCAAAUUUAUCAUGACAAAAGAUUGCACUUAAAUGAAUCAUGUAAAUAAUACACACAUUUGUGUUUGACAGUUUUUGUAAGAGUUUUGGAUGUCCAAUUCCCAAAGAAGAUCCUCUCCCCUGAAACAAAACAAAAGCAAUAUUUGCUGAUUGGGUAACAUUUGGAUAUUAAGUUUUCUAUGUUGUACUUGGUUUUCAUGAAGUAUGAAAUGUUUGAAAUAGUCUACUGAAGCAAUAAUUGUAAACCCCUUAAUUGCCGGAGAGGGCUAAAUCUUAUUGGAUUGCAAUGUGCAGCAGCCCUCUGUGGUGACCAAAGAGUUAAACUACCUAAAGGCUACUUCCUUUCUAUUGGCACUAUAUGCACCAGACUGGUUCUGUAGGAGCCUUAUCAGGUACUGUCUUCCCCCUUCUUUCUAUGCCUGCCUUUUGUGUAACACUUAGCUCAACACUUAACCUUUUAUAUACUAACAUAGGCACUUAUACGGAACUCUAGCAGAUGUAGAACCCGUGCAGUUUUGCAAAUGCUGAGCACAAAUCUAUGCACUUAAUGCUGAUAUACCAGCUAGAAAUUGCCCAUCUGAGUUUACAAUAUUAGGAAUAAUAAUACAUAAGCACUCUACAUAAAAUCUUCUCUGUUUUCUCUGGGGGGGGUGAGAGAACAUGGUAUUUGUGUAGUUUUUGCCCAGCACUGUGAUUAUUUAUUGUGCUACCUUAUAACUUGAGCAUUUGUAGUUGUUGGUUCCCUAUUACCUUUAUUAGCUAAGCAUAAGCUUGCAGAUAUCUCAGCCAGUUUAUUUAGUGAAGGGGUUAUAAAGUGAGGCUACUAGGGGCUGAAGCCCAGAGUGUCUUUAGUACAUGGGGCACAUUUAAAUUAUCUCAGGCUAAGUUUCUAUUUUACUUUCUCAUCUAUUCACUCUUUCUUAAAGGGACAUUAAAUUGUGAUAUUGAUACUUUAUCAGCUUAUUUAUGAUGGUGCUUAUCUGACACCAGAAGAGGAUCUAAAAUACGUAAAAAAAAGACUUUUAAACCCAAGGGCACUUAACUUACAACAUGGCAUAACCUGAAUAGAGGCUUUCAUGUUUGUAAAUUGCAGGGACAAACAUUGGUUCAUUGGAUGUAUUUGAAUUGAAUAAUGAUAAAUGUUUAACUACAAAUUAGAUUCAGAUGGUUUUUCAUUCAGAAUAAAGGGACAUUAAAUUUAAAA